AAAAACUGGUAAUUAGAUUGACGAAUGCGGGCGGGCUGGCUGGCUGGCUGGCUGGCUGGCGGGCGGGCGGAACAAGCUUGUCCGGGCCAUAACUAUGUCGUUCAUUGUCAGAUUUUAAAAUCAUUUGGCACAUUUGUUCACCAUCAUUGGACGGUGUGUCGCGCGAAAUAAUUACGUCGAUAUCUCCAAGAUCAAGGUCACACUUUGAGUUCAAAGGUCAAAUAUGGCCAUAAAUGAGCUUGUCCUGGCCAUAACUAUGUCAUUCAUUGUGAGAUUUUAAAAUCAUUUGGCACAUUUGUUCACCAUCAUGGGACGGUGUGUCGCACGAAAGAAUCACGUCAAUAUCUCCAAUGUCAAGGUCGCCACGACUAAAAAUAGAUUUUUUUUAAAAACAAACUUACAAAGGGGGUUUAUUUUGUUUGUUCAUUUCAAAAGUUCAGUUUGAGUUUUCUCCCUUUAUCAGAUUUUUUUUUCACAAUGAAAACCUGGUUUUGUGACAAUUUUGUCCCUUGUUUCGAUAUAUCCAACCACUUGUUUGCUUUUGCAAAUUUUUGAUUGCUCAAAAUGAAUACAAUAUUUUGUCACAAGAAGUUUAAUUUUGCUUAUGCAAUAUUUAUUCUGAUGUUGUUUUCCUGCUUAUUUACUUAACAGAACAAAUUGACUUUUUUAGGGCAGGCAAAAGAUUAAAUGUUAUGCUUGCCAUUAGCCUCUUUGUACUUUUCAAUUAAUUUAAUAAUGUAGAAUUAGCUAGGGGUGAUGUAACAUAUAUUUAUUUCAUCAUUAUACAUAUUCCUUAUUAAACUGAGAUGUGUUUACAACUGGCAAACUAAUAAAUAAAUAAGUUGGGUUAAAACAGUUGUGAAAAGAAUUUAAAACUAGUGUACACAUAACUGUCUGAAAUAGAGGCGAAAUAACAAUCAACUUUUUCUCACAUUCACCGACAUAUGAUAAGGUCAGAAAUGAGUACAAAGGGAGAGCACACAGAAAAGGGAGAAAAGCCAGUUAAGCAGUUGCUUUUUAAAGCAAUUCAACCAAGCUCCUCAGCACUUAGAAGUGAACGUGCAAAAAAACAGCCAAGGCGCACUAGUUCAGAUUCCAGCGAAAUCAUGGACUUCGGAAAGCUGCAGGAACAAAUAGAUACAAUGUGCUCUGGUAUAAUGGACUUAAGAGAAGAUCUUAAAUCAGUUGUGAAGAAAGAGGAGAUAGAGGAAUGUGUGACACGGGUCAUGACAGGCAUCGAAGCCAGAAUUGUGAAGGAUAUUGAAAAGUUGGUGGACCGUAAAGUACAAGAGGUUAAAGAAAAAGUAGAUUCCUUAGAAUUUAAGUACCAGUCACUUCAGGAACAUGUAACCCAACUAGGGAAACAGCAUGCAGAACAACUCGAGUCAAUAGAAAUACAAAUGACAAAAACGCAUGAUUUAGCAAAAGAAGCAAACAAAAAAGCGAACUACAAUGAACAAUAUUCUCGCAAAAAUAACGUGAAAAUAAUGGAUGUAAAAAUUGAUGGCGACGAAAGCUCUGAGACCCUCAUAACAAAGGUCUCCAAUCUCUUCAACAACCAAGGGGUUAUCCUUGAAAAGCAGGACAUAAUGGCUAUCCAUCGAAUCCCAGGGAGAAAGGGGAGCACGAAACCGGUCCUCAUUAAGCUGAUGAACAACCAAGUAAAAUCAAAUCUGAUGAAAAAACGCAAGGCCAUGAAGGAAGCGGGCAACCGUAUCGCGGAUGAUGUGACAAAGCUGAACUCUGGGCUGAUAAGCCGACUAACAUUGCAUCAUAACAUUGAUAGUGCAUGGUUUUUCAAUGGAUCUGUAUACGGACAAACCACGAGACAAGAGCGUGUCAAGUUCGAUAUAUAUGACAAUAUAGACAAUGUAAUAGAAAACUUCAGAUUUGGACAGAGGACGUAGAUACAACACAUCCAGUAGAAACUAUGUAAGACCUUUUUUGAGGAUUUUUGCCCUGCUAAUUAAAUGUGUUUUCUUCCCUGCACAGUUACAUCAUGUCCCAGUGUGUUCUAUGCUUUUUUAGCAUUGUGAUGUAUCUACCUAUAAUAAUCUAUGUUUUUGUAUUUUACCGUAUUCGUAUAAUCUUAAAGAAUAAUGUAAUUACGUAUAUGAGAACGCUAAUAAAAAACAACAUUAAUCCUACAUUAGUGAUGAUGUAAA